AUGCACUACGCUUCCUUUUGCAGCAACUCUUGUACGCCGACCCCCGGGAAAGAGCCUGUUGAUCCUCCUCCUCGGUUCCCUAAGAUCGCUCGGGUCGCCCCCAUCCCCUUGUCGUACUUGGGGAAGCAGAAGGUUUACGCGUACGAUUCCAUCGCAAAGGAAGGUAUUGACCUGAAGACACCCAUGUUCCUCCAAGCGCCGGUCUUGGUUCGCAUCCACAUCCGAUUGCCUACCAUGUUCCUCGCUACUGCUGAGGAAGACCUAAUGUAUCCGGACUGGAAGUCGAUCAGCAGCAGCGCACCCGUCAAUUCCCUGGUACUGUAUUCGACCCAGCCUGUUCGACUCAAGCCCAACUACACUCUCGGCUCAACAUUCGUUCGAUACUGGGACAAGCUGCCAGAAGAACUUCGUGUGAGCAUCAUUGCCGAGAACAUGAAGGCACACCCUGCUCGCCAGACUCCUCGCACACAGGCCCUUCUUACCAAGCUGUACCCUCACUGCCGGAUGACACCCCAGAUUGCCCGCUUGGCCAUAACCGGAUUCUACAAGCACAACGAGUUCCUUGUCCAGCUCAACUCCGGCAUGCCCAAUCGGUACCCACGGGCUCCAUACAACGACCUCAUCCGGCGUCUUCAACUGUCGAUGUACAUUCGUCGCUCGCAGUGGGAGUUUGUGCAGAAGCUAUCAGAGGGGAAACUAGGCUUCGCCAAUCUCAAGUACGUUAGUAUCCUUAUCAGCUGGCACUAUCCUGCAGAGGAUAUCGACGAGACAGAGUGGGACGACUUCGUCGACGAAACCCGUAAUGAUUGUAUAGAAUUCUCGUGCGAUGGGAUUGUGGAUCUAGUUGCGCGAUCGGCCGCAGCGAUUACAUGUCGUGCUCCCAAGUACGUUCGUGGAGACCUGGCUCAGCUGACAGUGAUCCAAUCACGCAUUCGGUUUGGAGUGAAGGGAGCUGGAUCGCAAGCCUGA